CCAUCCAUCACUUUGCCAAUUUCUUGCAAAUCACGCGAUAAUUGAAACCAUGUCUCUUUUAUCAAUUCUACCAUACAUUUUCCUAUUUUUUGUUUUGAUUAUCGCGUCGGCGUUGGUAGCUUUCACUUUGUAUUUACGACACGUUCGUGCGAAAUACGAACAUCUUCCAAGUCCUCCAUUCGAUAGCUGGUUGUUGGGGCAUCUUCCCACUGUCAAACAAAAGCGACAGCAAGGCCAAAUAAUCCAUGAUAUAGUGCAAGAGUGGUCCUUAGAACAUGGAAAUUUGUUUGUAAUUUGGUUUAUGCACAUCCCUAUCGUAAUAGCUGUUGGACAAGAACUUGUAAAAAAAGUUUGUGUUACUCUGAAUUUGCCAAAGUCACAACCAACAUAUUCCUUGCUUCAGUUUGUAUACAACACAAGAGCCACAGGAUAUGGUCUUGUCACCGAUUGCAAUACACAGUCGUGGCUUCGUAAAAGGAUGGCUCUUAACCCAGCAUUUCACAGGAAAUAUCUUAUGAAAUUCAUCCCUGAAUUCAACACUUGUUGUGACAAGCUUAUCAAAAAGAUUUCAGCAUAUGUAGAUACAAAUGUUGCAGUUGAUCUGGCUGAGGAAUUUCACAGGGUUACAAUGGACAUAAUUGGGACGGUUGGAUUCAACAAAGAUUGGAAAGCUGUAGAAGACAAGGAUUGUCCAUUUUUAAGGUCCAGCUAUUUGUUGGUAAAAGGAAUCCAAGCGACUAUUAAUGAUAUAUUUUGGAGAAUCAACUUUCCAACAUACCCCUUCCAGUGGAAAGUCAUUAAAGCAGUAAAGUUUGCACGAGAAUCUGGAAGAAAGAUAAUUGAAGAAAGAAUUGCUGCCAUCAACGAUGGGAAGACUGCUCCUAGUGACAUCCUUCAACACAUCAUUCAAAUGAAAGCAAACAAUCCUUCUGUGACAAUGAAUGAAAUGGUUGAUGAGUUUGUUACUUUCUUUUUAGCAGGCCAAGAAACCACUGCAAACCUUUUAGCCUAUACUUUGUAUGAGAUUGAGAAAAAUGCAGACAUCAAGUUAAGGGUAAUAGAAGAGAUUGAGAGUGUGCUUAAGGGAAAGACCAAUGUCACUUAUGAAGAUCUUGCCAAGCUAGAAUACUUAGAGAGAACAUUCAAGGAAAGUCUACGACUUCAUCCUCCCGUACAAGGAUUCACAAGAUUUUCUCAUAAUGAAAUUGAGCUGGCAGGUUAUAAAAUACCAGCCGGCAGCCGURUCGAAAUGAGUGUUGUCACAGCCCACAGRUCUGAAAACAGCUGGACUGACCCUGGAGUAUUUGACCCUGAGCGAUUUACCACUUCCAACUCAAUUCCUUCUGAAACCUAUUUUCCAUUUUCAAUGGGGCCAAGAUCAUGCAUUGGCAAGAACUUUGCUCAAUUUGAGUCUAAGAUCAUCAUGGCUCGUCUUUAUCAGGAGUUUGAGUUUGAAUUGGUAUCAGACAAACCAUUGUGCUAUGAAGAAGCAAUUACAGUAAGACCAAAAGAUGGUGUAUGGUGUAGGGUGAAGAGAAGGAAGUGAUUCUUCUUGAGUGUCUAAAUAUGAACACAAU